AUGGCCCUUAUCACCACACCAACGACCCAGCUUCUUGGGAUCAAACACCCCAUCCUCCUAGCUGGAAUGGGUCAUACAGCAGGAUCGGACCUGGUAGCUGCAGUCUCUAAUGCAGGGGGCCUUGGGGUCCUUGGUGGUCUUGGCUACACCCCAGACAUGCUGCGAGAUGCCAUCCGAGAAGUCAAACAAAAGCUUCGGCAACCGGAUCUCCCAUUCGGCGUGGACCUAUUGAUUCCUCAGCUUGGAGGCUCUGCCCGCAAGACCAACAUCGAUUAUACGAAGGGGGCAUUGGACGACCUCAUCGAUAUCAUCAUAGAAGAAAAGACAAAGGUGUUCGUGUCGGCUGUAGGAAUUCCCCCAAAGAGGGUUAUAGAUCGACUUCAUGAGGCUGGAAUUCUGUAUAUGAACAUGGUCGGCCAUCCGAAGCAUGUCCACAAAGCCUGCCAGGCCGGAGCGGAUUUCAUAUGCGCUCAGGGCGGAGAGGCAGGUGGUCAUACGGGCGAGAUUCCAACGAGCGUGCUCGUUCCAGCUUGCAUCGACGCUUGCCGCCAGUACAAAUCCCCGCUCACUGGAAAGACCGUACAGCUAGUAGCAGCUGGUGGUAUUUUCGACGGCCGAGGUAUCGCCGCUGCACUAGCCAUGGGCGCUGGUGCGGUGUGGGUUGGCACACGCUUUGUCACAGCCCGCGAAUCUGCUGCUUCGAAACUGGGCAAAAAGGCGAUCAUUGACGCAGGAUUCGAGGAUACCAUGAGGAGUACGAUUUGGACCGGGCGUCCACUACGGGCUCUUGCUACGCCAUAUAUCAGAAAUUGGGAGCUUAAUCGGCGCGAUGUCAUUGAGAAGCUGCAGAACCAGGGAUUGACUGUACUCGACUAUGAACUGGAUAAGCUGGCACGAGAGGGCAAGCUAACAGAUGAGAUUGAAGAACAAUCCACGCAGAGGCCGAUGGGGUGCGGUGCUGCUAUGGUAAACACGCCAGAUCAAUCCGCGCAUGAAAUUAUCUUGGAAAUGAUCACUCAGGCGUUUACACUUCUGAGAGAUGCUGGGCAAUAUGUCAACCAGACUUCGAAGCUAUGA